AUGCGGCGUGCAAGCAAACCACUGCCUGGUGGCGAGCUCAAGGAGCUGUGCUUGCUGCCUGGUGGCGAGCUCAAGGAGCCGUGCCUGCUGCCUGGUGGCGAGCUCAAGGAGCCGUGCCUGCUGCCUGGUGGCGAGCUCAAGGAGCCGUGCCUGCUGCCUGGUGGCGAGCUCAAGGAGCCGUGCUCGCCGAUAUUGGUUUCCAAGGGGAACGACGUAGACAAAGCCUCCGGCAUCGAGGGGGUGGGCGGUGCCGCCCGCGAGCAAAUGCUCGUCGCCUGGCAGCAGCUCGCUCGGGUUGACCCAGGCAAAACGGACGAAGCCAGAGCCUAG